CGGACCCUACGGGAGGAAGCACACAACACAGGCGCACAGCUCUAUCAUCUGACAGACCCUAUGGGGGGAAGCACACAACACAGGUGCACAGCUCCAUCAUCUGACAGACCCUAUGGGGGGAAGCACACAACACAGGCGCACAGCUCCAUCAUCCAACACCCUAUGGGGGGAAGCACACAACACAGGCGCACAGCUCCAUUAUCUGACAGACCCUACAAGGGGAAGCACACAGCUCCAUUAUCCGACGGACUCUACGGGGGGGCAACGCACCACACAGGUGCACAGCUCCAUCAUCCAAUGGACCCUACCGGGGGGGGGGAACGCACCACACAGGCACAAAGCUCCAUCAUUCGAUGGACCCUACGAGGGGAACACACAACAAGGGCACACAGUUCCAUCAGCCGAUGGAGCCUACGGGGGAACGCACAACACAGGCGCACAGCUCCAUCAGCCGACGGCCCCUACGAGGGAAAGCACACAACACAGGCACACAGCUCCAUCACCAACGGACCCUAUGGGGGGAACGCACCACACAGGCGCACAGCUCCAUCAUCCGAUGGACCCUACGAGGGGAACGCACUGCACAGGCGCACAGCUCCAUCAUUCGACGGCCCCUACGAGGGAAAGCGCACAACACAGGCACACAGCUCCAUCACCGACAGACCCUAUGAGGGGAAUGCACCACACAGGCGCACAGCUCCAUCACCCGACGGACCAUACGAGGGGAACGCACCGCACAGGCGCGCGGCUCCAUCACCCAACGGACCCUACGGGGGGGGACAUACCGCACAGGCGCGCGGCUCCAUCACCCCACAGACCCUACGGGGGGGGGGGACACGCACCGCACAGGCGCGCGGGUCCAUCACCCCACAGACCCUACGGGGGGGGGGGGACGCACCGCACAGGUGCUCGGCUCCAUCACCCCACAGACCCUACGGGGGGGGGACACACCGCACAGGCGCGCGGCUCCGUCACCCGACAGACCCUACGGGGGGGGGACGCACCGCACAGACCCUACGGGGGGGACACACCGCACAGGCGCGCGGCUCCAUCACCCCACGGACCCUAUUGGGGGGGGGGGGACACCGCCAAGCCUCCGCGCCCCCGCCGAGCCCCCGGCCGGACGCGCUGCCCCCCCGGACCCCGAGGCCGCCGGGCGCGGCCCGCUCCGCUCACCCGGCGCCUGGGCGGCUUCAGCCCAGCGCUUCCGGCAGCUGCCGAGUCCGGGGCCGGACCGUCCCACUGCGCGGCAGGAUACCCCUCCCCUGA